AUGGAGAACACAAAAAUGGUCGUAUUGGUAGCGAUGAUGUUAAUGAUUGGAAACCAUCUAACUGAAUCGGUGUUCGCGGAUGAUCCAAUAACGCGUGCAUUAUGCUAUUUUAAAUGUUACGAAUUGUGUCUUAGUGAUCCACGUAAUCUUCUAAACUCAAAAAAAUGUGCCAAAAAAUGUGUUAAGGAAUGUGGUCUACCUCCUGAUGUAAAAGAAGACACAAUCAACCAUAUCUGCUAUGUGGGUUGUGUUAAUCAACGUUGUGCUCCUACUGAAAAUCAAAGUUUCUUGGCGAGCAAGCAACCUCCUCUGCUUGUGAACGUUUACCCUUACUUCAGCUACAUCAACAACAUGAGAGACAUCCGUUUGGACUAUGCUCUGAUCACUUCACCGUCCACUGUUGUCAAUGACGGAUCAAACGCAUACCAAAACCUCUUCCACGCGCUCGUAGACACUGUUUACGCGGCGUUGGAGAAAACAAGACUUUAUUCUAUAUUGCCCCACUCACUCUCAUCUUCAUUCUAUUUUAACCUAUCAUAA